AAGGGAUUUAGUGUUCGGACAAGAAAAUACCGAACAACCAAUCCAGAUUAAGGCGGGUAAUUACAAUUUUAUCACACUUCUCUCUCUGUCUCUCCUCUCCUCUGCUCUCAACAAGAUAAGAUAUCUUCAACUUUUUUCUUUGCACACUACUCAACCAAAUUCUCUGCAGAACCAUCACAACAUUUUACCAAAUGUGGUUCCACCUAUCAUAAGCUCUUCAUAUAAGCCACAAAUAUGAACUUUUCAGCUGCCACUUUUAGAGGCAACUCCAUUCCAUUUUCAUGCUGCACUUCAUGCUCUACAAUCCGCAGCUUUCACCCCUCCGUAUCUUCGCGCUUUAGGCACUCCAGCAAUCACCUCAUUUUCAGUUCUAAGCUAGUAUUUUCGAGGAAUAGGGAGGUUUUAUGCAAGGGGGCUGAAACACAAACUGGCCCUGGUGAUAAUGAAGAUAAGGGAAGGGAAGAGCAUGAAGAGGGAGAACUGCCAGAAACAAGUUCGACUGAUUCUGAAGUUAAUUCCCAGCCCAUUCCUGCUGAUAAUCAAGAAAAUGAGCUGCCGGUUGUUAUUGAAAGCCGGGAUAGUCUAAAUGAUGUUAUAAAGAGCCUUGAUAAUUUAUAUAAAGCUAGUGGUGCUAAGCCGGAAGGAGGCACUGAGGAUAAGGAACAGCCCGUUGUUAUAGAGAGGCUUGAUAGUCAGAACUUAGCUGAUAGUAGUGGUGCAGACAUUAAGCCUGAAGGGGGCAUGGAGGGUGCUGAUGAAGUAGAAGUCGCAAGUGGAUCUCCUCUGCCAGGUGUCAAGCCCCAAUUACUUGAUGAACGCAUUACGAUCCCCAAGGAGACAAUUGACAUACUGAGGGACCAAGUAUUUGGCUUUGACACCUUCUUUGUGACUGGACAGGAGCCAUACGAGGGUGGAGUAUUGUUUAAAGGGAACUUGCGUGGGGAGGCUGCUAAGAGUUAUGAAAAGAUAGCAAAAAGGUUGCAGGACAGGUUUGACGAUCAAUUUAAGCUUUUCUUACUAAACAACCCCGAAGACGAUAAACCUGUUGCAGUUGUGGUUCCGAGAAAGACCUUGCAGCCAGACACAGCUGCCGUCCCAGAGUGGUUUGCAGCAGCUGCAUUUGGAUUAGUUACAGUCUUCACACUACUUCUACGUAAUGUGCCUGCUCUGCAGUCAAACUUAUUAUCAAUUGUUGACAAUCUUGACACACUGGAAAAUGGUCUUCCUGGAGCCCUUGUAACUGCACUUGUAUUGGGUGCACAUGAAAUCGGCCACAUUCUAGUUGCAAGCAGUUCAGGAGUAAAGCUUGGGGUGCCCUUUUUCGUUCCGAGCUGGCAGAUAGGCUCUUUUGGUGCUAUAACAAGAAUCAUGAAUAUUGUACCAAAACGUCAAGAUCUCCUAAAGGUUGCUGCAGCAGGACCUUUAGCUGGUUUCUCCUUGGGCCUUGUUCUUUUGCUUGCGGGGUUUUACUUGCCACCCGCUGAUGGCAUUGGUGUUAUUGUUGAUGCUUCCGUAUUUCAUGAGUCACUCCUUGUUGGGGGAAUUGCUAAAUUGCUUCUUGGGGAUGUUCUCAAGGAAGGUGGUCAGAUAUCUCUCAACCCCCUUCUUGUAUGGGCUUGGGCUGGACUUCUCAUCAAUGCAAUUAACAGCAUCCCCGCAGGGGAGCUAGAUGGGGGGAGAAUUGCAUUUUCCAUAUGGGGAAGAAAGGCGUCAGCUCGCUUUACUGGUGCCUCCAUCGUGCUCCUUGGCCUAUCCUCAUUGUUUAGCGACGUCGCAUUCUAUUGGGUAGCAUUAAUAUUCUUCUUGCAGAGGGGGCCAAUAGCUCCACUGUCGGAGGAAAUUACAGAUCCAGACAAUAAUUACAAAGCACUGGGAGUUACAGUUUUGCUAUUAGGACUGCUGGUAUGCUUGCCAUACCCUUUCCCUUUCUCUAGUGAGGCUAUUACAAGUUUUUAGUGCACAUACUCCAUUAAUAAUUAUGGCAAGGAUGUGCCUUCCAUCUGUUUUGACAUUAAGUUCAACUAGUAGAUAGAUACCAGAGAUUCACAGAGUUUCAAUGAUAUACAUUGCACCAUAAUUGCUUGUCAUCAACUUCAAUAAAUAGUAGUAGUCUUAUACUCU